AUGCAUUUUACUAUCUCCCCAGUCAAAAUUCUCCUGCGCUUGCUCUUCUUCGCCACUGGGUUGCUGUUUUCUCUGUCGGCCUUCUCUUUCUCUUCCACCAAAGAUCCUAUCGACUCAAUUCAACUCAAUUAGGCUCAAUUAGGCUCACACAACAAUGUCGUUGAUAGUUCGUGACACAAUGACUCCAACAAACGACCAGCAGUCGAGUUUAAAUAACUCAAACGCAGCCAAUUUUUCCAUGAAAACUGCAGCGUCCAUUGACAUGCCUUCACCUCCGCUCUCCCCUUACACUAGAAGCGGCUAUGACGAUAACGACAGCAUACCUGCUCUGCUUUUCCCGCGGGCUUCAAAGCCCUUGACCAGCGACUUGAGGUAUUUGGAACUGAUAUCCUCCUCUGCUUCUCCGGCUCCAAAACCGAUCGCCACUUCCAGAAUCAACACCGUUUCAUCGAUUCCAUCCAUUGUCUCCACCCCAAAGGUUUUUGAAGCCAAGGAAAGCGUGCCCAUCUCCGCAGCGGGGACUCCAAAGGCACCUGAAACAGAUUCAAAACGUCCCGUAUCUUCGUACAAAACGAAAAGAAACUCGGUCCUUCAUAUCGAUCCUUAUAAGCAAUUGAACAAGCCAGGUUUUAAAAAGAACCAACUGGACUUCCUUUCCCAAUAUCAGUUCAAAAAUCUGAGCUCUUUCUCGCACGCAUCUUCAUCUUCUUAUGGCAACAGCUCCACGUCUUACUCUUACUCAAAUAUCAAGAGACCGAGAUCUGCAGUUCGUCAAACUUACGAGACUAUCAAGUCCAUAAACGACAACUCGAACUCCGACUCUGAUUUGGAAAAGCCAAGAACCCGCCGUGUUGUUCGUCAAAACAAGUUUGACCUUGAGCUAGUUGACAACACAAACUCCGAUUCAGCUCCAGUUUCGAGACCUUCAACUCCAGUCAGAAAGAGACUCCCAACCAACUCUUCAACUCCUUCAACCCCAAAGAGACAGCGCACUGCAACUCCAAUCGCAUACAACUACGACUAUAAAAAGAUAGAAGACUUUUGUCCCUCAUUAGACACUCUACCUGCAAAUAACAAAUGCCUCAAAACCGACUGGAAGGGACAGUCAAUGGAUUUGUCUACUGACCCCCUUAUCAAUGAACUUCACCCCGCAGAAGUCGUUUUAGCUUCUAUCUUGAGAUUACCUUGUGCCGUCUAUUUGGACUCGAAAAGAAGAAUUUUCCAGGAAAAAGUCAAGAGAAUGAAAUAUAAUCUCCCAUUCAGAAGAACGGAUGCUCAGAAAUCUUGCAAAAUCGAUGUUAACAAGGCUAGUCGUUUGUUUGCAACUUUUGAGAAAGUGGGUUGGUUUGACGAGUCUCAUUUCCAGAAAUACCUUUAAUUUUUCUUUUUUGUUUUCACGAUAAUGAAUAGGUCUACUAUUUUCAUUAUCUUUUGGGUUUGGCGCUUUUUUUUAUUUUCACUUUCUGUUUACCUUUUUCAAUCACCAGGUUACUGAUUGAUUCUGUUUUCAAUUUUAAUUGUUUUCUGCUUUUAGGUUCGGUUUUGCUUUUUAUUACAAAG